CCGGAGGGGGCAGAUGUGAGCGCGAAUGGCGGUGCAAAGGCAGCGUGGCCUUAGGCAGUUCACUGACAGGUAAAGCCAAGCGAUUGCUGAGCUAGGUGCCGUGAGAAGCAUGUGGACCAUAGAUUGAAGGAAUGGGUCGGUACUGGGAGUUCGGCCUUGACGAAGCGAGGAGAAAGCCCUGUCCUGAGGAAAGGGAUUGAACUCUAGCUGUGGCAUGUAAGCUGGUUCCUGGACCUAAUGGUCAGCCACUUUGCAGCCUGACAUGGAUGCAGCCUUUUCCUUAACCUGCCCGGAUUGGUAUCCCAACAGCCCUGCAGGCUUCUAAGAAUAAAACUAUUUCACUACUCAUCUAAAAUCAGUGCAGGCUUUUGCUGGUCCAUCUAGCAGCUUUGCAUCUCUUGAUUCCUGCCUCUGUCCAGCAACAGAGCCCAGCACAGGUAAUUCAGGAAGGGGACUUUGAAGAUGAUGAGCGUGGGCCAGAAAAAGAAUGAUAAGCAUGUACAGCAAGUGCACACUACAGGGGUGAUGACCAAGGAUUUGUUACAUUCCUAAGCCAUCAGCAUUUACAACUUGAAGUUGUCAAUUCUCACACAAGAUACAUUUUGGAAGUCAACAUGGAAGCUUUCUACCACGUUUUGGAUCAGUUUUACAAGAAGGUACUUCUGGGAGUUACACUUGAAAAUGAUAGCCAGGAUUACAUUUUGUAUCUCAACCCAGAUCUUUCAGAACAAGCUUUCCCUACAGACCUCUCCUUCGAAUCAUCGGAUGCCACUAGUAUGUUUGAGGGUGUGCAGAGCCAGCAUGGGCCAUCCUCUGGUAUGGUGACUGCCUUUCCUGACACACAGGGGUGUGUGAAGAAACAUCCCCAAAGGAGCAGUGCCAAAGAGGUGACACUCCUUCAGUUAACUGUAAUCAGAGUGAUGAUCACCAAAGGACUGUCUUCAGAAACUGAGGCCCAUGCAAAGGAGAAAUACAGACAUAUAAUGAAAAUUCUUUUACAGUCAGCUGAAAUCGAUUCUAAACUAAUUUGCCUAUUCCAGAAUGCAGAUAAACUCUUGUCUCACAUGGCUGCAAAGUGCCUUGCAUUGCUUCUUUACUUCCAGCUAAGAGAAAAGAUGACAUUAAGUAAUUCUUGGAUUGCUUUUUGCCAUAAACAUCUUUCUGACAACUCAGAGAGUGACGAAGCCAUCCAUUGCCUCUGGAUUGUCUCAGCUGUGAUGAAAGAAAUCCUUAAAGAUGCAUGUUCACAAACACCAGAACUUGUAAGGCAACUUGUGACUCCCUUGGACACUACUUUUGAAGCAUUCUGCAACUUCUUAUUUUCUCAGCAAUUUGAAGCCUGCCGGGAUCUUUCUAAAAGAAUAAACAGCGUGAUGUGCUACCUGGAAUUACUUGAGCUUCUCAUAGCCUCCAGAAUCUGCCUGAAGUUGUGUUUUAGGAGCCAAAGGAUUUUAUUUUUGAAACCUUUUAUUCUAGAUUUUCUCACUUGGCCUAUGCAGGCUUUUGUUAAAAGGAAGUUGAUUAUGUUCCUCAAAAAAUGCCUUCUCUGUAAAGUUGGUGAAGACCUGUGUCGUGGAUGUGUGUUGGCCUCAGUGUCCCCAGACCCUCUUCUGGAUGGGGACAUGUUGGCUUUAGCAAAUGCAGUUUUGCAUGCUGUGCAGCUGGGGUUGUUGGGGUCAUUUUCUGUUCACAGAAAGCCUUCCUACUUUGGAGGUGAUGAAGUUUGUCAGCCUGGAUGUAGACCUAAUUCUGGUCCUGAUCAUGUGAUCCUUCGAGCAGCCAGCUUAGUUACAUUGAAAUCCUUAGAAAUCUCGUUCCAAAACUGUAUCUCAGCAAAUGAAAUGAAAGUUAACUUGAAGAAGUUCAUGUCUGAGGUACUGGCCUUCUUAAAGCCUCAGCUUCAGCCCACUCUGCAAGGACACAACCCAUGUGAAUGGCUGUCCAGGGUCUUCAUAGAACAGGAUGAUGACAUGCUGGAGGCGGCCAACGCAUGCCUGAGCAUCUACCUCAAAUUGACCAGAGAAUGGGAAGCUACUGGAAAUUUGACCGGAGAAAAAGAAACAUGGAUCUGUCACACACAUGAAAAUGGCUAUAAUCCUCACUGCAUUUUCUUAUUCUUCUUAAAAAAUGUAGCCUUUGAUUCUACAGUUCUUCUUGACUUUUUGAUUUCAUCAGAAACCUGUUUUCUUGAGUAUUUUGUCCGAUAUUUAAAAUUUCUGCAAAAAGACUGGGAUCAUUUUUUCACCAUCUGCAAGUUCUUUGAUGCAGCUGAAUCCCAACAUGGAGUAAGUGUGUGUGGCCGUGACUCCUCAGUGGUCCAAGACAGGACUACCAACCAAACAGCACCUGAGCGUUUAACUGCUGCUGGUUGUCACAGAAGUGCUGGUGUACCGGUUGCCUGGACUUCUCAUGACCCUUCUGAAGCCCUGAACCAGGUUGUGAUGUCUAGGGAGACCCACACUGUGAGAAACGUUAGCCUGCCUUCCCUACAGGCUCUGCAAAGCCUGGUGGACUAUGAGAGCUCUGAAGAGUCUGAGUCAGAACCCAUGGACCAGUGUUUAGCAAACUGCCCACCAGCAUCUUUACACCAGGAAGCAACUGAGGAAAUGCAAAACCCACCUGGGACAAGUAGGGCUAAAGAAGAACUUAGCCAAGAGCCUCUGCCAAGACCUCUGGACCCUAAAGCAUCUAAUACCCUCUCUGUUGAUUGUGGUGCUAUCUCGGAAGUGGGAAUAUGUGACAAAACAGUAAAAUGCUUUCAAGAGCUACACAGUGCCAUUUACCGUUUGCAGAAGCGAAAUCUCUUCCCAUAUAAUCCAGCAGCACUCUUGAAAUUGUUAAAACAGGUAGAAGCAAUAAAUAAUAAAGUGUGAACAAACCCUUUGUAAAACAAUGA